AUUCUCUUGGAUACUUUAAUCCACUCCAUAAAAUGAGGCAUUUUUUUGAAGGGGUGAGUACUCCCUCCUCUCCCUCCAACCCACACCCUUCCCAACUCAUCAUCACUACUGCCCCUUCCAUCUUCUCCCUGCAUUGCUUUUCCUCUUUUCCUCCAAAAAUUCAAUCUUGCUCACUCCCACCCAUUGAGCUGCACUGCCACAGUCUCAAUUCAUUUCAUUAACUUGUUCAUUUCAACUUCUCACUUCUUCACAUCAGAAGCCCAUUUGGGUAGUAGAGGGGGAAAAAUAAAAAAAAGAGAAGAAAAAAAAAAAAAAACCACUCCUUUACUUAAAGAGAAUCUGACACUGAUCCUGUCCUGUUCCUUUGGUCUCCUUAACAAAUUUCAAAACCAACAAUAUAGCGUAUUGUGGGAGGAAGGAAACAACCCACCUCUUUUCUUUCCAUCAAAUCACACUGCUUUGUGGCGAAUCCAGAAAACAGAAGCUGCUUCUCUCUCUCUCUCUCUCUCUCUCUCUCUCUCUCUCUCUCCCUUCUUCUUUGAGGUAAAAACUCAAAUUAAAUAUUCCCACUUUGCCCCUUGACCCCAUUUUGUGAAGAGCUCUGUAGCAGAGGGGAAAGGGGGGUGGAGGAAGCAUUGGUGAGCUGCAUGAGGGGCUUACUGGAACAAUGAGAGAUGGGACUUCACAGAAAAGCAAGCUCUCAUGGUCCAAGUCCCUAGUAAGAAAAUUGUUCAACAUUAGAAGCAAUAAAGCUCAGGACUUUCAUGCAGAUGAUGCUGUUGCUAGAGGAGGGGAUGAGGAAUGGAGGAGCAGCUUCACAGAGAGGGAGGGAGCCACAGUCAAGAAAAGCAAAACAGUUAGAUUCUCCAAGAGGAAUCAGGACCGAGCUCGACGAGGAAAGAUAGACCUCGACGCGGCAGAAGCUACAGUAACUUUGGACUAUAGGAUCUUUGUUGCAACGUGGAAUGUCGGCGGUAAAUCGCCGCCAAGCCAUAUGAACCUCGAAGAUUGGCUCCAUGCUUCGCCUCCUGCAGAUAUUUAUGUUUUGGGGUUUCAGGAAAUUGUCCCUCUAAAUGCUGGAAAUGUUCUUGGGACAGAAGACAACGGCCCAGCGAAGAAAUGGGUGGCUCUAAUCAGAAAAACACUUAAUAAUCUUCCCGGAACUAGCACUAGUAAUCGAUACCAAACCCCCUCCCCUACGACUACACCAAUUGUGGAAAUAAACGACGAUUUCGAAGGCUCGUUACAGAGGCAGAAGAGCUCCUCUUUCCUCCAUCGUCACUCUUUCCAAUCCCUCAAUAGUCGUAGUUUAAGAGUGGAGGGAGAUAUAAUGGCGCCUCAACCAAGGCUGGAAAGGCGUCAUAGUGUGUGUGAUCGCGUUAUUUUCGGUAGCAGAUUAAGUGAUUUUGGUCCUAAUUUUAGAGGGGUUGGUUCCUCUGAUGAUGAAAAUAUUGCUGGAGAUUCUCCCUCUACAUCCUACUACUCACCAAUCUCAUACAGCUAUAGUAAUGCGUCAUCAAUGGAGGAGAGAAGUAGAUCAGCUCCACAAUCAAGAUACUGUCUCGUUGCAAGUAAGCAGAUGGUUGGCAUAUUUCUAAUGGUGUGGGUGCGAAGAGAAAUAAGGGAUGAUGUAAGGAAUCUCAAGGUCUCUUGCGUUGGGAGAGGGCUCAUGGGCUAUCUUGGAAACAAGGGCUCAAUUUCAAUCAGCAUGUCGUUGCACCAAACGAGCUUCUGCUUCGUCUGCAGCCAUUUGACGUCUGGCCAGAAGGAAGGGGAUGAACUUCGAAGGAAUUCUGACGUGAUGGAAAUCCUGAGAAAGACUCGGUUCCCUUCAAUUCAUGGGCUAUGUGAAGAGAAGUCUCCUGGAACGGUCCUUGAGCACGAUCGAAUCAUAUGGUUUGGUGAUUUGAACUACCGGAUAGCUCUCUCGUAUCGAUCUGCCAAGGCUCUGGUCGAGAUGCGCAAUUGGAAAGCCUUGUUGGAAAAAGAUCAGCUAAGGAUAGAGCAAAGGUGCGGCCGUGUCUUCGUGGGCUGGAAUGAAGGAAAAAUAUAUUUCCCUCCCACAUAUAAAUAUUCAAACAAUUCAGACAGAUACGCCGGGGAUGACAUGAAUAUAAAAGAAAAGCGUCGAACUCCUGCUUGGUGUGAUCGCAUUUUAUGGUAUGGAAGGGGCCUCAAUCAACUCUCUUACGUUCGUGGAGAGUCAAGGUUUUCUGAUCAUAGACCAGUUUGUAGCAUUUUUACAUCAGAGGUUGAAUCGAUCAACCAUAGCCGAAUACAGAACAUGAGCUACUCUAGCUCACAAGUGGAUAUUGAAGAACUUUUUCCAUACCCACAAGGGUAUACAGAGCUUAAUUUCUUUUGAAAUGCUCCGCAUAGACGUCCGGUUUCUUCAAAACAAUUGAUGAAACUUUGCAGUUUUUCACUUCAUCAUACAGAGGUUCUUAUCGAGCAUGCAAUUUAUUGUAAGUGUGGUAUAACAUAUGGGAGCGAAAAGCCGGUUCGAACAACUUCUCUUCUUUCAGAUGGCAGCUGACUUCCUACCAAUCGGCUGUGUUGAUGAAUCUGGAAGGAGAGCUUCAAGUCUUUUGCUUGUUAACCUACUUUCACCGGAAGAAAAAGGUGGAGGAUGGAUCACUACUAUUUGAUCUAAUUUGGGUUUUCUCUGUGUUGCUGCUUUACCU